GUGGGAGAGUGGACAUUUGACUUUGGAACCACUUUGCGUGAAAUAUUACAAAGAUCACCCUCUCUUUCUUUUUUCAGUAGUCCAACGUAUCUCAAAGUUUUUUUAACUUCCUUUGCUCAGAUAAACAGUUCCAAUGAAAUCUCAUUUUUCCUCAACUUUUCUAAUUUUAUUUUGCUUAGCAAGGACUUGCUAUGGAGGUGUUCUGUUUUCCUCUCUCCCACAAACUCUUGUAGUCAGUGCCUCUCCUAAACAAGGCCAAGUCCUAAAAGCUGGAGAGGACAACAUAAAUGUGACAUGGUGGUUGAACCAGAGUUUUGCAGCAGGAACAGAUGAGUCAUACAAGGAUGUGAAGGUGAAGCUCUGCUAUGCGCCUAUCAGCCAAGUCGACCGGUCAUGGAGGAAAACUGUGGACAACAUGGACAAGGACAAGACCUGCCAAUUUACCAUUGUUAACAAACCUUAUGAAAGAAAACAAAGCAUUGAAUGGAGCAUAGCGAAAGAAGUGCCCACUGCUACUUAUUUUGUGAGAGCCUAUGCUUAUAAUUCUGCAGGCAAAGAGGUUGCUUAUGGCCAAACCACUCAUGCUAAGAAGAGCAUCAACCUGUUUGAAAUCCAAGCAAUCGGCGGUCGCCAUCUUUCCCUCGACAUUGCUUCUGUUUGCUUCUCUGUCUUUUCUUUGGUGUCCUUGCUUGGGUUUUUCUUGAUAGAGAAAACUAAGAGGUCACCAAAUAAGUGAUCAUUUUCCUUUUUUUCUUUCUGGCCAUAGAAUUCUAUCAUUUUUUUUUUCUUAAGAAACUAUUAGUGACAGUAAAUUGUUAGUUUACAGCUCUUAGAAUCUUCUCCACAA